AGCAUAAGAGUGCAUUGGAACGUGGCCUCUUAUCUAUUCGUUGCUUUGAGAAGUUUCAGAACAUUGUGAUGACUGUCAUUUAUCUGUGUAUUCAUGCUAUUGGGGUCAUUUAACUUAUGGAGUGUUCGAUCUUAUUGCGGGUGUUAAAAGUCCCGUGUGUUCUGUGUGUUAAUAAUCGUUAAACAUAAUCAGUAAAAUAAUGGUGCUAUUUUGGUUCACUUUCUCGUCUAUGCUUUUUGGCUUCGCUGUCUACGACGUCAUAAGUGACGUCACCGUACGGACUGAAUGCGGAAGCGUGUCAGGUUUCCAGAAAGAUGAAGCCUACAGCUUCCGAGGAAUCCCAUACGCUUCUCCACCGACUGGAAGUAGACGAUGGCAGCCACCGGAACCUCUCAGUCCCAAAACAGGAAACUGUUGGCGAGGGAUAUUUCCGGCCAAAAGUUACGGCAACACGUGUUUUCAGAUCAACCCAGAUGAUCACACGACAUUGAUAGGCAGCGAGGAUUGCUUGUACCUCAACGUUCUAACGCCGUCACUCGACACAAACGCGUCCAAACCUGUGAUGGUGUGGAUACACGGCGGAAGUCUGCAGAUAUCAAGCGGCAGUUGGCCGCUAUACAGUCCAACGGAGAAGCUGGCGGUCGACACCGACACGGUGUACGUGGGUUUCAACUAUCGCCUGCACGCCUUUGGUUUCAUGGCGCUGCAAGUGCUCGCGGAUCACUCGUCGCUCAACACUUCUGGUAACUACGGCUUCAUGGACAUGAUCGAGGUGCUUAGAUGGGUGCAGGCCAACAUUCGCAACUUUGGGGGCGACCCGAAUCAGGUGACAGUGUUUGGUCAGAGUUCAGGAGGGACUGCUAUAGUAGCCUUACUAUCGUCUCCAAUGUGCAAGGGACUGUUUCACAAGGCGUGGCUUCUCUCGGCCUCUGCCGUGUACAACAAAACCGCAAAUGAUGCUUACAUAGAUAACCUCGCAUUUGUUCGGAACGCCGGGUGUGGCAUAAGUGACAUCACGUGUCUCUACAAUCUGACGUCAGCGGAUGUGACGCGCGCGGUGCCGUGGAACAUGUACCCAUUCUGGGCUAUGGUGGACCAAGCCGACUUGCCAACUAAAGGAUAUUUUGAUGGAGCUAUCGCUGUGGUAGAUGGCUUGGUAAUUCCGGAUGCCCCGUUUGAGGUUUGGAGAAAAGGCAAUAUGGUUGACGUCCCUUUGUUGAUUGGGUCGUGUGCAAACGAGGUGGAUUACAACCCUAGCGACAUGUCAAUCAGCACGUGGACCUGGGACCUGUACGUCAGCCACAUUAACGCUACCAUCGGAACGUUCGGGCCGCUGACUUUAUCGACGGCACUUAAAAUGUAUCCAGUGAAUCAAUCCACGCCGGAAUUUCAAUUGACCAGCAUGGCGAGUGACAUCCGGGCAAACUGUCCGAAUGACGUCAUGUCCUUUUACGCCGCGGCGACGUUUACGUCACCGGUCUAUCGGUACGUUGUAACGUCAUCGCCGUCAGUUCCGGUACACCCGGUUGGAAUUCCGUUUCCGGCACGAUACUCGUUCCAUAUGUGGGACGUUUUCGCCUACUUUGGAUUCAUUCCUGAUUAUAUCACUAAUCCGACCAUGGAUGACCUUGCCUGGCAACGGAAUGUCCAGCAGGAAGUGAUGUCAUUUGUGAAGAAAGGUCGACCAUUUAGCGCCUGGCGGCCGUACCCGGAAGCGACAGCGUUGCUGUCCCACGUGACUACAACAUCUUCAGGCUACAAUCCUGCGCAGUGCGAAUUCUGGCUCCAAAAUGGAUUUUUCAGCUAUGGUUGGAUCAAUUAGAUUUAGUUGUAGCUUGACGUAUUUUAAUAAAUGGAUAAAAACUAAA